AUGGACCUCUCUGUAAAGAACCUCCGCGGCCUCCUCACCGAUCCUCGACACACGAGAUGGAUAGCACCACUGUUGCUACUCGGGGAGGUCGGCCUCUGCGGCCUCAUCAUCUGGCGAGUGCCGUACACCGAGAUCGAUUUCACCACCUACAUGGCCCAGGUGCGCAUGUUUCUCUCGGGCGAGCGCAACUAUGCCAAAAUCACAGGUCCCACGGGCCCUCUCGUCUACCCGGCCCUCCAUCUCUACGUCUACUCGAUCCUCUACGUCCUCACCGAGCAGGGGACCAACAUCCUCCGUGCCCAGAUCAUCUUUGCCGGGCUAUACCUCGUGACGCUGGCGGUGGUGAUUGCAUGUUACAGACGGGUGGGCGCGCCGCCGUGGCUUCUGGUCCCGUUGGUGUUGAGCAAGAGAAUGCAUUCUAUAUUCUUAUUGAGGCUGUUCAAUGACUGUUGGGCGACGCUGGGGCUUUGGCUCGCGAUUUACUUGAUGCAACGGCGCCAGUUUGGACGCGCAGCCGUUAUAUGGGGACUAGGACUGGCUGUGAAAAUGACUCUAUUGCUAGCUGCACCUGCCGUGGGAUUUAUCAUCUUGCAGGCACUUGGUACAGGUGACGGAAUUUUCACUGGUCUCUAUGUUUUUGUCCUCCAUGUUAUCAUGUCCAUGCCCUUCUUCGGUGAGGGAACAGGCCUCUCCUACAUCCAACGCUCAUUCGACUUUGGGAGACAAUUCCUGUACAAGUGGACGGUCAACUGGAGAUUUGUUGAUGAAGAGACCUUUUUGUCUCGCAACUUUGCCGUCGGCCUCCUGGUCCUUCACGCCUCCUUGCUGCUCUUGUUCUGCCAGACGAAGUGGAUCAAGCCCAGUUCUUCCAACUUGACCGGAUUUGUCAAGAAGUACUUAGGUGGCAUGAAAGAGGCGGAGGAGCUGAGAAUCUCAAAAAAGGUCACCCCAAGCUUUGUGAUGGACACCAUGCUGGGGAGCAUGGUGAUAGGGCUGCUGUGCGCCCGGAGUCUGCACUACCAAUUCUUUGCAUAUCUCGGCUGGGCAACUCCGAAUACUGCUGGCUGGUAUAUCCGAGCACAAACGUGA